AUGGAGCCCAAGGACUUCAAAGUGAUUAUUAUCGGCGGAUCUGUCGCUGGUCUCACUCUAGCUCUCAGCCUCAACAAAAUCGGAAUUGACUAUGUUGUCCUGGAAAAGCGAGCACAUAUCGCUCCCCAAGAGGGUGCAUCCAUUGGCAUCCUCCCUCAUGGAGGUCGUAUACUAGAGCAGCUAGGCCUCUUCGAGGCCGUUGAACGGUCCAUUGAACCAUUGCACACUGCUCAUAUCCGCUUUCCCGAUGGAUUUGAGUACACCACCGCCUCUCCGAGUGUACUCAAUGAUAGAUUUGGACUCCCUCUUGCCUUUUUGGAACGACAGAAGAUGUUACAGAUUCUCUUUGAUGCUCAAACGGAAAAAUCGAAGAUAUUGUGUGGGAAGAAGGUCACCAAAAUUGAGGAUUUUGAGGAAAGUAUGACUGUUUAUACAGAGGAUGGAUCUACCUAUACAGGUGAUCUAGUGGUUGGAGCAGAUGGUGUCCACAGUCAAGUGCGAACAGAAAUGUGGCGACUUGCGGAGAAAAUGCAACCAGGCAUAGUCUCCAACACGGAGAAAAGCAGCAUGACAGUGCAAUACACCUGUGUUUUCGGCAUUUCUGCUGCUGUGCCUGGCCUCGUGCCAGGAGAACAAGUGGCCAGUUUCAACGAUAAAAGAUCAUUCUUGACUUUUCCGGGGAAGAAUGGCCGCGUUUUUUGGUUUUUGAUAAAUCGGCUGGAUCAGGAACACUCAUACAGCAGUGCUCCGCGAUUUUCAAUGAAGGAUACCGAAACAAUAUGUCACCAGUUUUUGGAAGAUAUCAUCUAUGGGGACGUGCGGUUUAACGACCUGUGGUCUCGUAAAGAGGUCUGCUCGGUUACAGCCUUGGAAGAAGGCGCCUUUCGAACAUGGAGCUAUCGUCGUAUAGUUUGCAUUGGAGACAGUAUGCACAAGAUGGCACCAAAUACAGGGCAAGGGGCGAACUGUGCAAUUGAGGAUGUUGCAGCGUUGGCAAACAUGCUCCAUGCAUGCGUGGUUACAACUGAGAGACACUGUAAGCCCACAACGAAAGAACUGAGCACUCUGCUUGAGGGCUAUACCAAAAGACGGUUUCAUCGGAUAAAAAAGAUAUACCAAGCCUCACGUCUCGUAGUCCGCCUUCAGGCUCGGGAAACCUUGCUCCUGCGCAUGAUGGGGCGAUAUUACAUACCUCGUUCCGGUGACGUGCCGGCAGAUGUGGCUUCCAAGAUGAUUGCAGGCGCCGUGGCUUUGGACUUUCUCCCAAUACCCUCUCGGUCAGGGCCAGGUUGGAUCUCUUUUAAGACAAUGGAAAGCAGACUGAGAUAUUGGAUCGUGGGUGGUGCCAUUCCGGUCUUACUGAUAAUGUCAAUGUGGCUGUGGCAGGUUGUGUUGUAG